AUGCCAGGCGCCGACGAGGCGACCGCCGAGACGGACAAGCGCAACCGCGGCAACUACCGCUGCUCGCGCUGCGGCGAGCCCAAGAAGGGCCACGUGUGCCCGUACCAGCCCGCCAACUACAAGUGCAUCACAUGCGGCAACCUCAAGAAGGUGUGCACAUGCGGCGUGCCACUCACGCGCACGAUCGCCGUGCAGUGCGAGCUCGAUGAGGACAUGACGACGCGCGUCUUGGACUUGAGCCAGCAGGGCGUCAUUGACUUCACGCCCAACGGCUACAUGGACAUGUAG